AUGGAAGACUCCGGUCUGGAGGGUGAUGCUCUGUGUCAGUUCUAUGAGGAGGUCUCCUAUAGGAAGACCAGAGGGAGAGUGAUCGAAUACCUCUUUGAAGAGGGUGUGGAAACGGGUCUCGGAUCUGAGUUCUGUGCUGUAGGCAGUCCAUAUGGCGGUGGCCCAAUCCAGGGCUUUGCCUGCCACACGGGGCGCCUGCUCAUGUCCCUGUGCUUCAGCAGUCUCAGCUUCCUGCUCUUUCACAUCAUUUAUCAGAUCACUGUCAACAGUCUACUGGCCGGGAACAACAUAGACCGCGCCUUCAACUGUUCAACAUGGGAGAAAUCUAUACGUCAGAUUGGCUUUGAAAGUGUGAUAGGUGCAGAUGCAGGGAACGGUAUCCGUGUGUUCCUCCCUGACAUAGGGAUGUUCUUAGCAGGGCUGGCCUGCUGGCUGCUGUGUCGUAGUCUGUUUCAGAAGAGACCGCCAGAGGACAUGGCCCAGGACAACACUGACUACGAACCGGAGGGAGAGGAGGAAGAGGAGAAGCUGAGCCUUGAUGACAACAUCCUGUUGGAUGAGGACUUUGAGGCUGGGUACGAGGCUGAAGAAGAGGAGGAGGAAGAGAUGGAGGAGGAAGAGGGGGAAGAUGAUGAAGAGGAGGAGGAGAGCAACAAGAUGAAGAUUCUGCGUCACAUUGCGGGCGUGGCGUCUAAAGUGAAGGAGAUCAUUGGGAAUCUGAUAACCACCGCGGGAAAAGUGGUGGUCACUAUACUGUUAGGAGUCACAGGUAUCACGCUGCCCUCCCUGACGUCAGCGGUCUAUUUCUUCGUGUUCCUGUUCCUGUGUACGUGGUGGUCGUUCUGUCGGACAUUCGACACCCUCAUCUUCAGCUGUAUGUGUGUCCUCAUGGCCAUAUUCAGUGCUGGACACCUGGUCGUCCUCUACCUCUAUCAGUUUCAGUUCUUCCAAGAGAGCAUCCCUCCAGAGGACAGCUACAUCAGUCUGUUCGGCAUCUCAUCCAUCAUCCAGACUGACUGCUCCUCCACGUGGAGGAUGAUAGUUAACCCUGAUCUGGCCUGGCACCACUUUGUUAACCCCAUUAUGCUGCUGCUGCUGUACUACACCCUGGCCACUCUCAUACGCCUCUGGCUCCAGGAACCUAUAGAGGAACCUAUAGAGGUAGGUAACACACUGGCCACUCUCAUACGCCUCUGGCUCCAGGAACCUAUAGAGGUAGGUAACACACUGGCUACUCUCAUACACCUCUGGCUCCAGGAACCUAUAGAGGUAGGUAACACACUGGCCACUCUCAUACGCCUCUGGCUCCAGGAACCUAUAGAGGAGGAUGAAGGAGAGGAGGGAGAGGACGGAGAGGAAGAGGAGGAGAUGGUUGGGAACGGCACCAGGAACUCUGCGGACAAGAGGAGACAGCUGUGGUGGAAAGCUCACCAACGCACAGAGGAAAGAAACGGGUUGGCUGCAAAGUCCAACGGGACGUCUUGUGACAUCUCCACCCUAAACUCGGUGGAGAAUAGACCGGUCGGUCUGGACCUGUACUCCACCCCACAGUAUAAAAUGGACCAAACCAAUAACAUUACAGAGAAGAAGAAUGGAAGUGUGUAUGACAUCAAUCCAACCGUGGGAGGAGAGACUGCUGGGAUGGAGCAGGAGGAGGAGAAGGAGGAACAGGGCGAUGAGGAGGAGGAGGAGGAGAAGGAGGGCAGAGUGAAUGCUGUAGUAACAGUGUUCAGGUUCAUUAUGAAGCAAAGCUAUAUCUGUGCUCUCAUAGCCAUGAUGGCGUGGAGCAUCACGUAUGUUAGCUGGCUGACGUUUGUGUUCCUGAUGUGGUCGUGUAUGUUGUGGAUGGUGAGGGACCGUCGUCGUUACACCAUGCUAACCUCUCCCUUCAUGGUGCUCUACGGGAACCUGCUCAUUGUGCUGCAGUACAUCUGGAGCUUUGAGCUGCUGGAGCCCGUGCCUGGACUCUUCCUCAAGAAGGACGUGCCCUUCAGUGAACUGGGAUCCAAGGUCCUGUGUCUGUUGAGCUUCUGGCUGCUGCUGAGACAGACUCUGACAGAGAGAAAGGACAAGCAGAGAGAGGAGGAUGCUGUACUCACUGACGUACAUGUGGAUGACCAACCCAAGAAGAAGGAGGAAGAGGAGGAUGAGGAAGGAGGGGAGCAGGACAUCAUGCAGGUUCUGGGGAACAUGGUGAUGGAGAUGCUGGUGAAAUACUGGAUCUAUAUCUGUGGAGGGAUGUUCUUCUUCGUCAGCUUCGAGGGACGCAUGGUCAUGUAUAAGAUCAUCUACAUGAUGCUCCUCCUCUUCUGUGUGGCGCUCUAUCAGGUGCACUAUGAGUACUGGAGGAGGAUCCUGAAAUACUUCUGGAUGUCUGUGGUGGUCUACACCAUGCUGGUCCUCCUGGUCUACACCUUCCAGUUUGAGACUUCUCUACCCUUCUGGUCUAACAUGACUGGCAUGAGCCCUGAGAAACUGAAGGACCUGGGGCUAGAGCAGUUUUCCGUAUCGAUGCUCUUCACACGUAUCUUCAUCCCCACCUCCUUCCUCCUGGUGUGUAUCCUCCACCUUCACUACUUCCACGACCGCUUCCUGCUGCUCACUGACCUGAAGGCUGUGGCCCAAAAACAGGACAGCACCAUCUACAGACUGGAGAAAGAUGGAGGGAUGAAGCAGAAAGGAGGACUCCAUCAGUCUAUAGACCUGCGUCAGUCAUUCGGAAAGUCGUUUGAGUUGCAUCAAUCGUUCCAUAAGUCGUUUGAGUCCAGUGCAGGGUCGGGGGGGAGUGGCCACUGCAGUGUGGGAACUGAGCCAGAUCCCUCCACAGAAAACACUACCUCAGACCUAAAGAAUAAGUGGCACCUGGUGGUGGACCGUCUGACUGUGCUGUUCCUCAAGUUCCUGGAAUAUUUCCACAAGCUGCAGCUCUUCAUCUGGUGGCUCCUAGAGAUACACAUCAUCAAGAUCGUCUCUUCGUAUAUCAUACUGGUCUCUGUCAAGGAGGUGUCCUUGUUCAACUACGUGUUUAUGGCGUGCUGGGCCUUCGCUCUACCCUUCAGUCAGUUCAGACCCCUGGCCUCCAGUAUCUGUACAGUCUGGACCUGUGUUAUCAUCGUCUGUAAGAUGUUGUACCAGCUGGAAUCUAUACAACCUGCCUCUUACUCCAAGAACUGCUCCAUGCCAAUGAACUACACAGAGAAACAGAGAGAAGAGAUGAAAGACUCUCUACUGUACAAGGAGCCAGUAGACCCGUCCAACUGGGUCGGACUCAACAAAUUCAACCCUCUACUGGAGAACCUUAGGAACAACCUGCUGAUGUUGGCCGUGCUGGCGUUUGAGGUGACCAUCUACCGUCACCAGCAGUACUACAGACUGAGGAACAAGCUCACCGCACCCGCCGCUCGCAUCAUCUUCCAUGACAUCACGCGGCAACACCUCGACAACGGCAUCGUCAACUGUGCCAAGUACUUCAUCAACUACUUCUUCUACAAGUUCGGGCUGGAGACAUGCUUCCUACUGGCGGUGAAUGUGAUUGGCCAGCGUAUGGACUUUUAUGCUGUGCUGCAUGCCUUCUCUCUGAUAGCCGUGAUGUACAGACGUAGGAGGAAAGCUAUAGCUGAGAUCUGGCCUAAAUACUGUUGUUUCCAGGCCUGUAUUCUAACCUGGCAGUACUUUGUGUGCAUCGGGAUACCACCUGCAGCUUGCAAAGACUACCCAUGGAGGUUCCCUAACUCUGCAAUGGACUCCAACGUCAUCAAAUGGCUUUAUUUCCCUGACUUCCACACCAACCCCAACCCAAUCUUUCUCGUCUAUGACUUCAUGCUCCUCCUCUGCGCCUCACUCCAGAGGAGUGUAUUUGAUGAGGAGAACAAGGCAGCUGUCCGUCUCAUGGCCGGAGACAACGUGGAGAUCUGCAGAGACCUAGACGCGGCCUCGUUCAGCGUUCACAACCCUGUGCCUGACUUCAUACACUGCAGAUCCUACCUGGACAUGCUGAAGGUGAUCAUGUUCAGCUACCUGUUCUGGUUCGUCCUCACCAUCAUCUUCAUCACCGGCACCACGCGUAUCAGCCUCUUCUGUUUGGGCUAUCUGGUGGGAUGUUUCUACUUCCUGCUGUUCGGCGGGGAGCUGCUGCUCAAGCCAAUCAAAAAGAUCCUCCACUACUGGGACUUCCUGAUCGCCUAUAACGUGUUUGUGAUCACCAUGAAGAAUAUCCUGUCUAUCCUGGCCUGUGGCUACAUCAAUGUCCUGGUGGUAAAUAACUGCUGGCUGAUCCAGCUCCUCAGUCUGGCCUGCACCAUCAAGGAGUAUAAGGUCAAGUGUGAUCUGCCCAGCGACGAGGCUGGGAUCAUCUGGGACAGCAUCUGCUUUGCCUUCCUGCUGUUGCAGAGACGCGUCUUCAUGAGUUACUACUUCCUACAUGUGGUGGCUGACAUCAGGGCCUCACAGAUACUGGCCUCCAGAGGGGCUGAAUUGUUCCAGGCUACUAUAGUGAAGGCAGUGAGAGCCAGACUGGAGGAAGAGAACAAGUCUAUGGAGCAGCUGAAGAGACAGAUGGACCGUAUAAAGCAGCGACAGGAGAAGUUUAAGAGUGGGAAGAAAAAGAUGUUGAGCCUGGCCCAGGAAUCUGGGGACAGAGAGAACCCCAUCCAGCCGCAGGAAUCUGGGGACAGAGAGAACCCCAUCCAGCCGCAGGAAUCUGGGGACAGAGAGAACCCCAUCCAGCCACAGGAACAGGAGGAAGAGGAUGAUGGAGCAGAGCGAGAAAGAGAGAAAGUGAAAGUGAAAGAAACAGCCAAGACUAAAAAAAGGCAGUGGUGGCGGCCUUGGGUUGACCACGCCUCCAUGGUGAGAAGUGGAGAUUAUUACUUGUUUGAAACUGACAGUGAAGAAGAGGAGGAAGAGGAGGAGAAAAGAGAGGAUCAAGAGCUGCCCAAGAAGUCAGCGUUUCAGUUUUUCUACCAUGCCUGGAUAACAGACUCCAAGACAGCCAUGAAGGAACGAGGCAAAGAGAAGCGUAAGUUCUGGAAGAGGUACACCAAGAGAGACAAACACAAGAAGGACAAGAAGGAAGGUCAUGUGACUAUAGAGAUGGAGGAAGAUCAGGAGGGAACACAGGAGAAGAAGUCUGACGGACCAGACAACGUCUUGAAGCGAGUGUUCAACAUCAUCAAGUUCACCUGGGUGUUGUUCCAGACCACGGUGGAGAGCUUCACCAAGUGGAUGAACAACGUGUGUAGAGAACACAUAGACAUCUCCACCGUGCUGCGCAUUGAGAGAUGCAUGCUCACUAGAGAGGUCAAAAAGGGCAACGUCCCGUCCAGAGAGAGUAUCCAUGUGUUCUACCAGAAGCAGAUGCGUAUGAGCAUGUCUCGGGGGUCCAGCCUGGACCGGCUCAGUGAGGAGGACAGUGCGUCGGGGGGGUCUCACAGGGUCCACAGGAGGAGAGGCGACUAUCGCAUGGAGAGCCAGGACAGCAUGGCAUCGUUGGCAUCACGAGACAGCAUAUCCAGUGCCUACACUGAGGCCACCAUGCUGUUCUCCCGCCAAGACACGCUGGACGAGCUGGACGGAAUGCCGUCAGACGUUCCCAUUCCCAAAACCAGUGAACGUGCCCGGCCAAAACUCCGUAAGAUUUACGGCCUGGACGCCUCCAAAUCAACUGACAGCAGCAGCAGCCAAGUGUCCAGUGAAACGACCCAGUGCAUCACUCUGUACUCCCGGCAGGGCACCACCGACACCAUUGAGGAGGUGGAGGACGAACAGGACCAGGGGGAAAACAGGCUGCACGGACCCUGGGAACACCCACCUCCGGAGGGGUCAGAGGGGGCUGAAGACAGCCCCUGGCGGGGUGGAGGAGAUGGUGGUGAUGGAGAGACCACAGAGGAGAGGGAGCGGUACCAGGGCCAGGGGGAUCCAUGGGGGUCUCCAGGCCCAGGGGAGGGCCCCUCCUUCAGGGUAGAAGAAGGAGCCUCAACCCUCCUGGCCCUACGAGAAGGGUCCCGACCAGGGUCCCAGGACUGUACCACUGACAGUGACGACGGGGGUGUCCAGGACCGGCAAGAAUACUUGAAUAGGGAAGAGCGUGACCGGGCGAGGUUGCUGUACACCCCAGACACGGACGCUCCAAACACCUCGGAUGCUGAUGUGCCUCCCAGCUACAGCAAGGCGGUGAGCUUUGACCGUCUGGAGGUGAGUGAGGAUGAGAGCGACAGGGACGACAAUAGGAUGAUGGCGAUGACCCCAGACACCAGCCGAUCAGACUAUCUGGAUGACCCUUUGCUGCCCUCACUGACCACUGAGCUGACCGCCAGCGAACUGCUGCUCAACAAGAUGUUCCAUGAUGAGGAGCUAGAGCGGUCGGAGCGGUUCUAUGUGGGCCAGCCCCUAGUGCUCCAGUUGGUCUAUGCCCUGUAUAACAUGCUGGUGGCCCACUCUGAGAUGGUGUGUUACCUAGUCAUCAUCCUCAACAACAUGCUGUCAGCCUCCUGCGUCACCCUGGUCCUCCCCAUCCUCAUCUUCCUCUGGGCCAUGCUGUCGGUACCUAGACCCAGUAAGAGGUUCUGGAUGACUGCCAUCGUAUACACUGAGGUCACCAUCGUCAUCAAGUAUUUCUUCCAGUUUGGCUUUUUUCCCUUCAACCAGAACCCGAAGGUGGACGUGAAUAAACCCUACCACCCUCCAAACAUCAUCGGAGUGGAGAAGAAAGAUGGAUACGUCGUCUAUGACCUCAUACAGCUUCUGGCGCUCUUCUUCCACAGGUCCAUCCUGAAGUGUCAUGGUCUAUGGGACGAAGACAACCUUAAGGACACCAAGAAGGAGAUCCUCCGCAGGGACACUGAGUCAGAGGACGAUGAGAGGAGGGAGAUGGAGGCCACUCCCGUCCCUUCCACCCCCCGCGAGAGGAAGGGGUCCACUCAGACCCUCAGGUCUAUAAACCUGGGCAUGGGCACCUCCGUGGACUCUGUACACGUCCCCAACCUCCAGCAACAGCAGCAGACCUACCAGAGAAGAAAGAGCUCCAGUGGAGGGUCUCAUAUAUCCCACCGCUCAGUCCACUCUGUACGCUCCAAGAGAGGCAGCACUAACUCCAGGAACAGUAGCCAUAGAGACGGGAGCGAGUCAGUGCAGCAGAAGACUAAGAAACAGCUGAUCAAGGAGAAACUCAGAGAACAGAUGAUCAAAGCCAAGACCUUCACUAUCAAAAGGACCAUGGAGGUGUACCUGCCCAUCCGUCAGUUCUUCUACAACCUGGUCCAUCCAGAGUACAGCGCUGUAACAGACGUCUAUGUUCUAAUGUUCCUGGCCGACACCGUCGACUUCAUCAUCAUCGUCUUCGGCUUCUCUGCUUUUGGGAAACACUCAGCGGGAGCAGACAUCACGUCGUCCCUGUCGGAGGACCAGGUUCCCGGAGCCUUCCUGGUGAUGGUACUGAUCCAGUUUGGGACCAUGGUGGUGGACCGGGCCCUGUACCUCAAGAAGACAGUGCUGGGGAAGGUCAUCUUCCAGGUGAUCCUGGUGUUCGGGAUCCACUUCUGGAUGUUCUUCAUCCUCCCCGGACUCUCAGAUAGGCGUUUCAAUGAGAACACAGUAGCCAAGCUAUGGUACUGUAUCAAGUGUAUCUACUUUGGGCUGUCAGCCUAUCAGAUCCGCUGUGGCUACCCCACCAGAGUCCUGGGUAACUUCCUCACCAAGAGCUACAACUACGCCAACCUCUUCCUGUUUCAAGGGUUCCGUCUGAUCCCGUUCCUGACUGAGCUGCGUGCGGUGAUGGACUGGGUCUGGACCGACACCUCUCUGUCUUUAUCCUCUUGGAUCUGUGUGGAAGACAUCUACGCUCACAUCUUCAUCCUCAAGUGCUGGAGGGAGUCAGAGAGGAGAUACCCCCAGCCGCGGGGCCAGGCGAAGAAGCCGGUGGUGAAGUAUGGGAUGGGCGGGAUGAUCGUCAUGCUUCUGAUCUGUAUCAUCUGGUUCCCUCUACUCUUCAUGUCUCUGGUCAAGUCUGUGGUGGGGGUGGUCAACAAACCACUGGACGUCUCCUUCUCCAUCACCCUGGCUGGGUUCCAGCCCAUCUUCACAAUGAGUGCUCAGCAGAACCAGCUCAGAGAAGUCUCCAACCAUGAAUUCCAUAACACAUUCAUGAGGUCAUACCUCAGCGACCCUGAAGCGAUGCAGUGGUUGGAAUCCUACAUGCCAGAGGACCUGACCAUAGCUGAGUUGGAGGGCAGCUCUAACAGUCUGUGGACCAUCAGUCCUCCCAGUAGAACGAACAUCAUGAAGAUGCUCAGCUCCAAGGAGCAGUUCCCUAUCACUGUAGCUUGGUCUGUCCAACGGAACCCGACUCUGGGAGCGAAGGCUGAGUUUUCUACGGGGAAGAAGGUGAUGUUUCUGGAUGAUAAGACCAAGCUGGAGCUAUUCCUACUGCUCAAUGGGACCAGAAAAGAUGGAGUGGUGAUAAAACAUGGCUUCCAACGGUAUCUCCGAGCCCCUACUGACUCUGAGGCCAAACCCAUAGAACAGCUGUCUACAGAGGAAGUAUCCAUCACUUUGGCAUUGGAGCGUUUACAUAACGACUCAGAGGGGGUCCAGGAGUGGUGGAUCGUGAACCAGACUAGUCCGGGAAAGAUCAACGUUCGUAGCCCCAAGAAUCUGUACAACGCUGGGCUGGAGCUCUAUGUCUUCAGCGAUCAGGUCAGCCCUCCUAGUCUGGGCUUUCUGGCUGGAUACGGGAUCAUGGGUCUGUAUGCCUCCGUGGUGCUCGUCAUUGGUAAGUUCGUCCGUGAGUUCUUCAGCGGUAUCUCUCACACCAUCAUGUUCGAGGAGCUGCCCAACGUGGACCGCAUCCUGAAGCUCUGCACCGACAUCUUCCUGGUUCGAGAGACGGGAGAGCUGGACCUGGAGGAAGACAUGUACGCUAAACUCAUCUUCCUCUAUCGCUCGCCUGAGACUAUGAUCAAAUGGACCAGGGAAAAGACUCAGUGAGCUUGGCUGUAAAAGGCUAGAAGUUUCAAUCCCCUUUCAAUGUGGAUAGAAGUUUAAAAGUAUUAACCUCCCACUGGUCUCUGGGAUGUUGAAGUUAUGGAUGGACUCGAUCAGUCCAGACAGACCGUUUUUGCUGACACUUUAGUCAGUUCUUAACUGUUAGUCAUUUUUAUGGAAGUAGACCUCCGAGGAGGAAGGAAGGGCCAAAGCUUGCCGGCCCCUGUUGCAACAAAAAAAAGAAACACUGGGUUCUUCGAUUUCAUUUCAGCCAUGACACCGACCAUCUCAGAUUUUCCUGAAAUAGUCUGUAGUUUGAUAAAGAUUAUAUAAACAUUCCUGCAACAUUAUUUUGUUGAAAGACAAUUUGAAAUCUGAGAAAUUAAUUAAGCUAAUUGAUUGCACACAAAUCAUCAAUUUCAAUUUAAAUACCAAACAUCGAAUUUGGACCAAACCACUUAUUUGGAUUUGUUUGG